CCGGGGACCCCAUAAGCAGCGCGGCGGGGAGUGGCUGCAGUCAGACUGCGUGCGGUCCGGGAGCUGUCCGACAUGGACGCGCAGAAAGAAGCCCUGCAAAGGAUUAUCUCCACUCUGGCAAACAAAAAUGAUGAAAUCCAGAACUUCAUUGACACCUUGAACCACACUCUAAAAGGUGUUCAGGCUAAUUCUUCUAAUGUGAUUGCUGAGCUGGAUGAGGAAUUUGAUGGUCUCUAUUCUAUACUAGAUGAGAUGAAGGAGAGUAUGACCAACAGUAUUAAGCAAGAACAAGCUCACAAAACUCAAGAACUUCAGAAUCAACUUAGCCAAUGUAGUAAUGCCCUGGAGAACUCUGAAGAAUUACUAGAAUAUGCUGCACGCUCACUGGACGUAAAGGACCCUGAGGAAUUUUCAAAGGCUGCCAGACAGAUCAAAGAUAGAGUCACAAUGGCCUCAGCAUUCCGCAUCUCUUUGAAACCUAAGGUCAGUGAUAACAUGACUCAUUUGAUGGUGGACUUCUCUCAAGAAAGGCAGAUGCUCCAGGCUUUAAAGUUCUUGCCAGUUCCUAAAGCUCCAGAGAUAGACACAGCAGAGUGUUUGGUAGCUGACAACACUGUAACAAUAGCCUGGAGAAUGCCAGAAGAAGACAAAAAAAUUGAUCAUUUUGCUCUGGAAUAUAGGAAAACUAACUUUGAUGGGCUUCCUCGUGUGAAAGAUGAAAGAUGUUGGGAGUUAAUAGAUUAUAUAAAAGGCACUGAAUAUACAUUAUCUGGUCUAAAAUUUGAUUCCAAAUAUAUGAACUUUAGAGUACGAGCUUGUAACAAGGCGGUGGCAGGGGAAUACUCUGAUCCAAUAACUCUGGAGACCAAAGCACUUGUUUUCAAUUUGGAUGGUACAUCAUCUCACCUGAAUCUGAAAGUUGAAGAUUCUUAUGUUGAAUGGGAUCCUACUGGAGGCAAGAGCCAAGAAAACAAAAUAAAAGGAAAGGAGAAUAAAGGCAGUGGCCAGAUUACUGUGCUGAAGAACAAUACAAGAAGUGGUACACCAUCUCCAAAAAGGACAUCUGUAACAAGGUCGCCAUUGAUAAGGGGAAGCAGAGAUCGCUUUACUGGUGAAUCAUAUACAGUGUUGGGAGACACUACUAUCGAAAGUGGACAGCACUAUUGGGAGGUGCGAGCCCAAAAGGACUGCAAAUCCUAUAGCAUGGGAGUUGCAUAUAAAAAUAUGGGAAAAUUUGAUCAGCUGGGAAAGACUAACACAAGCUGGUGCAUCCAUGUCAACAACUGGCUACAAACCACUUUUUCAGCCAAGCACAAUAAUAAAGCUAAAGCCCUUGAUAUGCCUGUUCCAGACCGAAUAGGAGUGUACUGUGACUUUGAUGGAGGUCAGCUGACAUUUUACAAUGCUAGCUCAAAGCAGUUGUUGUAUACCUUUAAAACAAAGUUUACUCAACCACUAUUACCAGGUUUUAUGGUCUGGUGUGGUGGCCUUACAGUGAGCACUGGACUGCAGGUACCAAGCGCUGUGAAAACCCUCCAGAAAAGUGAAAAUGGACUGAGUGGUUCAUCCAGCAGUCUAACCAACAUUACCCAAUAAUGCAUCUGUUUAGAUACUUUACUCCUGUUGCUGAGUGGAUUUUUCUGUGUAGCUGCUACUCACAGGAGCUUGUGGGCAAUGGAUUAAACUGGGUUUGCUACCCACUGCUGCUUUAAGGCCUGGGCACUGAUAGCACAAAGGUUCUGGGCUGAAGCAUUAGCAGGAAUCUACUGUGAAAUCCAUAGACUAGGUUGACUUUUUUCAAAAAAUAGAUGGGGAGAUCAUGAGCUGUAGCUAUGCGCCUUUGUUAGACUGAACUUGAUUAUUUUAUGGAUACUUGAUUUGAUCACUUUUGGUAUAACUGCACAUAGCAGACCCAAAGGCAGUCAUGAUCUUAAUUUCAAAAUUACUUUCCCUCCUCUUCACUCUCCACUGUAAGUGAAGGCAACUUUUGAAAUUCUGAACAGACGAAACCCUGCCCUUUGUUUCUCAUAGUUGACUUCCUGAUGCAAGCUAGAGACCUGACAGGAGACUAGAGUUGGUAUAGGUUUGACACAGACUGGCUAUCAUCUGCUAUUAGACAAAUAACUUGUGCAUAAUUUUUGUUGGCUGCCUCUGGUUGUUUAAAUGGAUACAGUACUAGGAAUUCUCUUAUGUAGGCUAUUUAUAGUUGAAACCAUAAGAGUUCAAUAUUAUAUCCGUUUAGUGAAAAUGUUGUAAGAGUAACAAAGUUGUCAGUGUUAAUCAGAGCACCUCUGAUUUCUACAAUAGGAGCCCUCUAAUGAGACAAGGUGUAUAAUAUAGCAUUGUUCCCAAUGUUAUCCUUGAUAAGCUUGCGGCCAUAUCUGAUUGAUUGUUUUAGUAACCAGUUUGGAGCAUUGAUGCAUUUCCCACACUUUGUCCUUCAGUCCUGUUUUUAAAUGCAGGUUAGAUGUCUAAAGACAUCUUUAUGCCCAGUUCCAACCAGAUUUGCAUUGAUUGAUUGAACUUUCCAGUGAGUUUAAAAAUGCUGAAUAAAUGGUACAAAAGGAGGAGGCUUUUAAGAGCUCAAGUGUAGCUAAACUGAAGUUUUAGAGUAAAAGGCCCAACAUUUUUUUUUUGUACUUUUUUUAAUUAAAGCUAAUAUGUAAGCAUGUACUAGUGAUUCUGAUAAACUAAACUACAUCUUGAUCUAGCAUAUUGGAUGCGCCAGAUUAAUUUCAAGUUAAUUGGAGCAUAUAAUAUACUCUUGUUGCUUUUUAAAAAUGAAGGAUAUGAAAGUCAAGUUAUAGUGCAGAGCAUGGUAUACUGCUCUUAUCACUUACGACCAAAGUAAGCUGUGAAUAUUAUGCAAGUGGCUCAUUACCAAAACAGAAGUCUAAAUAGAAUAAGGCGACAAAACUGGAAGGCCCUGAGAAGCAUAAAAUAGGAGACCAUAACUUGUACUCCCAUUAUACAGAGAGCAGUCCAUUCUGUAUCUUUGAAGGCUCUGGACUUUUUAAAGGUACAGAACUUUUUCAAGCUCUUAACUUGUUUUAAAUGUAUCCUCAUGUCCAAGGCUCCCAUUUGUGGUAACUCCCAUUCUUCCCAGCAGAGGAGGGAUCAGUGUGAUUCUGCAACUAAAGGACCAUCUAAAGUCAGCACAAACAGUCACUGGAAGCUUGAGGUUCUCUUUCUCCCCCUUUCAUGAGAUUGAAAGCUCACUUCCAGCCCUACUAAUCCUGGAGUACAUGUUUUACUUUGAGACCUUGGCCCCUUUUUUCCCUGAAAAAGGGUAGAGCAUUGAGUCACUAAUAGUUCACUGGCCCAGGCCUCCUCCUUUCACAAUUUUUGCCAUCAGCAUCAUUUUGUACCCUGUAUGAAAAGACUUCUAUCCUUGAGGGCUUUUUAUAAAAUCUAUAUUGCAGUUCUUUAGUUUGGGGGGAUAAAUGUGCUACACUUAGUUUUAAAAAUAGACUGCAGAAGAAUGAUCCUAGAAGGAUUUUGAUUUUUAGAUAGAAGUCCUACCCACCUUCUUAUAUAGCUGUUCACACAUUUUCUCUUUUUAGGGAAAACUAAUUUAACUGGAGAUCUUAAAAGGAACAUGUUUUGAUCUUAGCCCUAGACAGCAAACCUAAUUGUAAUAUGAAUUACUUUAUGAGAUUAUUCUGUUAGUGGAGAUGCCCAAGAUAAUGCUUCUUAAAGAGAAACCUCUUGAACAAAACUUUGUUCUAGUGUUGCAUCUAUUUUAGUUGGUUUCAGAUUAGUACUCCCCUCCACUCUAAUCACGGCAAGAGUCCCAUGAGGUAACUUCUGGUGACUAACAACUUUGUCCUGGUUGGUUUGUUUCUUAAUUAUACAAUUUUAAAAUUGGAAAUUUAUUCACAAUAUCAGCUUAAGAUUUAUAUAUGUAGGAUGCUGAUCGCCAUGGCAAAAAGCCUUCUUCCUGUGAGUUGAACUGCUUUUGCACUCUAGACCUUCAAUUUAUAGAUGCCUCAUUUGAAAUUGAUUUUUAUUAACUGCUUCAGGUUCUCAAGUGUGUCCUUCAAGACUAAGAGACUUCAUGCAACAGUUUUGGCGAUUGCUGGCAAAGACUAAUGUGUGUUUUUUGGGUUUGUUUUGUUUUGGUUGGUUUGUUUGUUUGUUUUAAACAACAACAAAAAAGUUUUAAUUUGGCCCUCAGUCUACAAGGUGCUAGAGGGCUUGUUUCACUUUAAACUUGAGGGGGAAGAGUCCUUCCUAAUAUUCAUUCUUGUAUACAACUAUCAUUUUGUAGAAAUGGGUCACAGCUUUUGUUAAUUUUAAAAAAAUAUACAUCUUUUUCCAGGUAGAAGAAGCGGAUUAUUACUAGUGUUCUUAUUUACCACACUUUACUAAGCCAGUAAUAUCUGUAAAGAUGCUGCCCAGUGACUUUGUAUUUAGUAAGUUCAAUAAUGCACAGCAUCUGAAUGUGCUUGUUAUAACACUCUCAUGGUGGUCCAUAUGAUCUUACUGAAGCAAUUUAUAAGGUUACUUAACUACCCUUUUUGUUAAUGGCACUAAGGACCUGAUUCUAAAAAUGAAGUGCCCAUGAGUCUCAAUGAACUCACUGUGAAGUGAGGUAAUUCAGUAGCUUGCAGAAUUAGGUAGAAUUAUGUUAUUAGAAGGGAUGAGUAAGUAUUGUUUCUUUUGACACUUGGUGUAUCCAGUUGUAAUAACGUAGUCUAUCCAAGUGUGACUUUUUUUUUUAACACUACAUCUCUGCCAGGUCACCCUGUCUGAUCUGGUCCUUACUUCAUUUCCUUAACUUUUUUGUAAAUUAAAUGAGUGUAUGCUACAAAUGAACAUGCAUAUUGAAGAACAGAUGACCAUUGAGUAAACCCCCUCAAACUCCAUGCAGAUACUCACUCAUUUCUUGAACCUAUUUUAGUAAAUUGUAAUUGUCUAAGGUGUACUUGAUUAUGCACAAAUGGAAAGUUGAAUUUUUCUUAAAUGCUAUUAUGUUAGCUUAGUCUGAAACAAGUUUGAAAUAAUAGUACUGUAAUUUGUGCUUCAUAAAAUAUAUUUUGACUUAUGUCCCAGAUAUAACUGUUAUGAGGAAUGCUUUGCGUUUAUUUUUACCCCUAAAGGUUGAAGUUACUGUACAGUAGUUAAUGCGCAGGUGUUGGAAUUUUGCUGCUAACAGGGUAGUCAUGUUUUAGUAAAAGGAGAUAAAGAUGGAAAAUUGCCUUAAGCACUUUAGAUUUUUUUUUUUUAUUGAAUUACAUGAACUACCAUCUUGCAUAUCUGUUUCAACUAUGAGGCACGUACAGGCAUAUUCAUGAUAUUGUGUAAGCAGCUGGUGCACUGUUUUUGUGUACAUUUGUAAGCAAAAUGUAGACUACCUUUUAAGCUUCAGUAAAAGCUCUGUACAUAGGAGGAAUGUACAAAUCCACUGAGGCUAUAUUACUUGAAGGUGGGUUUUAUUGGAGACUUACUAUACCACUUCUCUUUGGACAAACUGACAACAUUCUUGAAUAGUGUGUGGGGCACUGCUCCUGUUCAAGCUGUGCUAGAUACUUGAUACCUAACCUAAGUGUAGUGUAUCCAAGAAUGUAAAUAAGUUACAACAGAAAAAGCCAAUAGAGUCAAUGAAAAUGCUUUUUGUAGCCAAUCAGGAAUUUUUUAGCAUGUUAACCAAAAAUACAACUUUAUACCAUUUCAUUAAGUAGUGGUUGUUUUAGUUUUACAAAAAUUACUUAAGAUGGGGCAAAAUCUGCAUAUCUUUUUGAGCCUAGAAUGAAAUAAUAUAUAUUGGUUUCACUUUUUUUUUUUUUUUUUUUUUAAAUGCAAACAUAUAUGCACCUAGCAAAGUUAAGGGGCACUAAUUUUGAAAACUAAGUUGAAAACAUUCAGGCCACAGGUUUGUUGUCAGAUAUUAGGCCAUAAAAGGCAGAUACUGACAACUUUUCAACUUGCAAGCUUUAUUCCAUGGUCCCUCCAAAAAGCUUGUAAGUAGGAAAAACAGUGCCUGUCCAGAACAUCAAGGUAGCAGAAACAUGUUCAUGACUGUCCAAUCCUUCCUAAAUUGCUCCCUUACACCUUGCAGAGAGGGGAAACUGACUGGCUGCUUUAGGAAAAAUACCUAACCUUUUCAUCCUGAGUAAAGAAGGUUAUGAACUCAAUUUUCUAGCACAAAAGUUCACCAAGUGUGAAUGUUCAUCUAUCUCCUAACCUCUCAUAUAUAACUCCAAAUGGCUUUUUUAUUGACUGAAAAGAAAACACGUAUUUCAUUUCCCAAGCAUUGUAAAGUGGGCUUCAUGCAUAUCUAUGACAAGGUAAAACUUAAGUUUUUCCUGCAUUAUUUAACACCUCUAUAGCUGCAUGUGCCUUUGAUAAAUGGAGCCGUGCUCACCUGCUGUAGCUUCUAGUGAUCUUGUGUUGUCACACUGGAUUCUAUUUUAUUUUCUGAACACAAGCUUCAUACUGGCUUCCAGGUAUGUCACUUCAACAGUACCUCAGGUUUUCUGUAAUCAGUGCUUUAUUCCUCUUCCUUUUGUAAUGUAUCCCAAGAUCAGACUUGUCAUUAACAACACAGAACUACAGGGGUGCCUUAGAGGCCACAGAGUGUUUUAUUCAAGGUCUUUAACUCAAUACAUGUAUGUCAUACAAACUUUUUGUAUUAAUAAAUUAAAAUUUUGAAACCUUA